CACAUCUCACGUCAUGGACCUCGUUGGACUGCUGAAGUCCCAGUUCCUGUGCCACCUGGUCUUCUGCUACGUGUUCAUCGCCUCGGGGCUCAUCAUCAACGCCGCGCAGCUCUGCACGCUCGUCCUCUGGCCCAUCAACAAGCAGCUCUUCAGGAAGAUCAACUGCAGACUGUCCUACUGCGUCUCCAGCCAGCUGGUGAUGUUGCUGGAGUGGUGGUCGGGCACAGAGUGCACCAUCUACACGGACCCGAGGGCCUUCUCCAAAUAUGGCACGGAGAACGCCAUCGUCGUCCUCAACCACAAAUUUGAAAUCGACUUCCUCUGCGGCUGGAGCCUGGCGGAGCGCUUCGGGAUCUUAGGGAACUCCAAGGUCCUGGCCAAGAAAGAGCUGUCUUACGUCCCAAUCAUUGGCUGGAUGUGGUACUUCACGGAAAUGAUCUUCUGCACACGCAAGUGGGAGCAAGAUCGCGAGACAGUCGCCAGGAGCCUGUUGCACCUCCGGGAUUACCCCGAGAAGUAUCUUUUCCUGAUCCACUGCGAGGGCACACGGUUCACAGAGAAGAAACACCAGAUCAGCAUGCAGGUGGCCCAAGCCAAGGGGCUGCCCAGCCUCAAACACCACCUGCUGCCACGCACCAAGGGCUUCGCCAUCACUGUGAGGUGCUUGAGGGAUGUAGUUCCAGCUGUAUAUGACUGUACACUCAAUUUCAGAAAUAAUGAAAACCCAACACUGCUGGGAGUCCUAAAUGGAAAGAAAUAUCAUGCCGAUUGCUAUGUCAGGCGGAUUCCAAUGGAAGACAUCCCCGAAGAUGAGGACAAGUGCUCGGCCUGGCUYCACAAGCUCUACCAGGAGAAGGAUGCUUUUCAGGAGGAGUACUACAGGACAGGUGUCUUCCCAGAGACCCCCCGGGUCCCCCCACGGCGGCCCUGGGCCCUGCUCAACUGGCUGUUCUGGGCCUCGCUGCUGCUUUACCCUUUCUUCCAGUUCCUGGUCAGCAUGGUCAGCAGUGGCUCUUCUGUGACACUGGCCACCUUCAUCCUCGUCUUCUGCAUGGCUUCCAUGGGAGUUCGAUGGAUGAUUGGUGUGACAGAAAUCGACAAGGGCUCUGCCUAUGGCAACAUCGACAACAAACAGAAGCAGAGUGACUAACUCAGGGAUGUGUCACCUCCAAAGGGAACCUUGGGGAACUGGUGGCCUCUGCACAGCCUUCUUAGUGGGACAUGAUGAUGGAGGCUGGGUGAGCCCCUGCCGGCACGAGCACACAUCAAGGCCUCCCCAGACAUGGAGCUCGGUCUCGGA